CUCCAUGUUGGUGAUGUUGGCCUUAACUCCAGCUGCACUCCGUUUGAAUGGAUGAUCCUCACCACCAUCAUUGCAAACUGCAUCGUCCUGGCUUUGGAACAGCACCUUCCUGAUGGAGACAAGACGCCUCUAUCCGAGCGACUGGAGGAGACAGAGCCCUACUUCAUAGCCAUCUUCUGUUUUGAGUCUGGGAUAAAGAUCCUGGCUCUGGGUUUUGCGUUACAUAAGGGCUCCUAUCUGAGGAACGGCUGGAACGUCAUGGACUUUGUGGUCGUGCUCACUGGUAUUUUGUCGUCAGUGGGUUCUCAGUUCGACCUGAGGACGCUACGAGCCGUCAGAGUGCUGCGACCACUAAAACUGGUGUCUGGGAUUCCCAGCCUGCAGGUGGUGCUCAAGUCUAUUAUGAAGGCUAUGAUCCCCCUGCUGCAGAUUGGCCUGCUGCUGUUCGUGGCCAUCCUCAUGUUCGCCAUCAUAGGCUUGGAGUUCUACAUGGGAAAGUUCCACAAAACCUGCUAUGAUGAAAUCACAGGAGAUGUAGUGGAUGAAUUACCAUGUGGUGAUGAGUUGCCGUCCAGGUUGUGUCCUAACGGCACACAAUGUAGAGACGGCUGGCUUGGACCCAACUAUGGCAUCACCCAGUUCGACAACAUUCUGUUUGCCGUGCUCACCGUCUUCCAGUGCAUCACCAUGGAGGGAUGGACAGACAUGCUCUACUACAGUAAUGAUGUGGAGGGCAGUGCCUGGAACUGGAUGUAUUACAUCCCCCUCAUAAUCAUUGGCUCGUUCUUCAUGCUCAACCUGGUGCUGGGUGUACUCUCAGGUGAAUUUGCCAAAGAGAGAGAGCGAGUGGAGAACAGGAGCGAGUUCCUCAAGCUGAGGCGACAGCAGCAGAUUGAGAGAGAGCUCAACGGAUACCUGGAGUGGAUCUGCAAAGCAGAGGAGGUGAUUCUGGCUGAGGAAGAUGCCACAGGAAACUUUGAUGGUGCGAGGCGAAGGCCAACCAUCAAAACCAAAAACAACAAGACAGAGCUGCUGAACCCUGAGGAAGGAGAGGACAACAUGGGAGAUGCAGUAGGUUUUGCCCGCUCCAGUAUAAAGAGCGGUAAGGAAGGCUCCAAUUACAGUAAGAAGGAGCGACGGAUGCGAUUCUUCAUCCGCAAGAUAGUGAAGACGCAGGCUUUCUAUUGGACGGUCCUUUGCCUGGUGGGUCUUAACACCAUCUGUGUGGCUGCAGUGCACUACAACCAGCCGGAGCUCCUCUCUGACUUCCUCUUCUAUGCAGAGUUUAUCUUCCUCGGUUUGUUCAUGUUUGAGAUGCUGAUCAAGAUGUAUGGUCUGGGCAUCCAGCCCUACUUCCACUCCUCAUUCAACUGCUUUGACUGUGUGGUUAUUGUGGGCAGUAUCUUCGAGGUGGUGUGGGCCACCAUCAAACCAGGCACGUCCUUUGGGAUCAGUGUGUUACGAGCUCUGCGACUGCUCCGCAUCUUCAAAGUCACCAAGUACUGGGCUCCUCUUCGAAACCUGGUGGUUUCUCUGCUAAACUCCAUGAAGUCCAUUGUCAGUUUGCUGUUCCUCCUCUUCCUCUUCAUCGUGGUCUUUGCCUUGUUGGGGAUGCAGCUGUUUGGAGGACAAUUCAACUUUGAAACUGGAACUCCGCCUACAAACUUUGACACUUUUGCCGCAGCAAUCAUGACAGUAUUUCAGAUCCUGACAGGAGAGGACUGGAACAUGGUGAUGUACGAUGGCAUUGAGUCCCAGGGAGGAGUGAACGACAAAGGGAUGGUUUUCUCCAUCUUCUUCAUUGUCCUCACGCUCUUCGGCAACUACACUCUGCUCAACGUCUUCUUGGCCAUCGCUGUUGACAAUCUGGCCAACGCACAGGAGCUCACCAAGGAUGAGGAGGAACAAGAGGAAGCAGCCAAUCAGAAGACAGCACUGCAGAAGGCUAAGGAGGUGGCAGAAGUCAGCCCGCUGUCAGCAGCCAACCUGUCUAUUGCUGCUAAGGAGCAGCAGAAGAAUCACACCAAGGGUAACAAGUCAGUGUGGGAGCAGAGAACGAGCGAGAUUCGCAGACAGAACCUGAUGACGAGCCGUGAGGCGCUCUACAAUGAGCUAGAGCAGGAUGACUGGAAGGUGUCCUACCCACGGAAAGGACGUGGUGACAUGAAGACCCACUUGGACCGGCCACUCGUGGUCAAUCCACAAGACAACCGCAACAACAACACCAAUAAGACCCAACCUGGUGAGCUGCCUCUGGACCAGGAGUACCGGCACCAAGACAUUGACCACUACCGCCGAGCCGCCCACUACUACCACUACCACCAUCAUCACCAUCAGAAAAGCAUUGGGCCAGACAGUGGAGAGACAGGCCAGCCAACAGAGACCCGGGUGGAGCACGGAUUCAGCUGCACCUCUCUGGGAAAUGUGGAGGGCAGCGUGGAGGGCCAGCAGGUGGAGGAGAGGCACAGUCACAGGAGUCACCGAGGCCACCGGCACCGGAACAGGGAGGGCCGGGAGGCUCGCAGUGUAUCACCACACCAUAGUGAAGGGGGAGAGGGGCACAGUGAGCACAGGAGGUCCAGGCAGCACCGCAGGGCAGCCAGGGAGGGGGAGGAGGGCAGAAGACACAGAUCAAGGGGGACAGAAGGAGAGGGUGAGAAAGGCGAGGAAGGGGAAGGACGGAAGACAAGACGGCAUCGUCACGGCAAUCAGGAAAGGAGCAGAGGACAUCGCACCAGAAAGGAGCACCACAGCACCGGUCCCAGUCUCUCCACCACACGACCCAUACAGCAGUACAACGAGGACCUGGACAACUUCCGCAACAACAGCAAGCUGGCCAGUGCCCAUGAGCAUCCUUACACCCUCCCACCUGAUCAUCCUGACCACCCAGACCAUGUCAACAACCUGCUGAACUGCCGUGACGCAGACACCCACACCCUGCUCCACAGCAUGGACAGCCUGAUCCUGACCAGCAUGGCCAAACCCGAGUAUACGACCAUAGACAUGCCCCCUGUCUACCCCUACCCCUCCACCAACGCCAUCCUGCAAGUGAACAAGAACGCCAACACAGACCAGAAGAAGAGCGAGGAGAAAAAGGAGGAGGAGGAUGAGGGUGGAGAUGAAGAUGGCCCCAAACCAAUGCCUCCCUACAGCUCCUGCUUCAUAAUGUCCACCACCAACCCGUUUCGGAAGUGCUGUCACUACAUCCUGACUCUGAAGUAUUUUGAGUUCAGCAUCCUGUCUGUCAUUGCUAUGAGCAGCAUUGCCCUCGCUGCAGAGGACCCCGUCUGGCCUGACUCACCACGAAACAAUGUGCUGCGUUAUUUUGACUACGUUUUCACAGGCGUCUUCACGUUUGAAAUGUUGAUCAAGAUGGUGGUGCUGGGCUUGUUUCUCCACCAGGGCUCCUACUUCCGCGACUUGUGGAACAUUCUGGACUUUAUAGUGGUUAGUGGUGCUCUGGUGGCCUUCGCCUUCACGGGGAGCAGCAAGGGCAAAGACAUCAGUACAAUCAAGUCCCUUCGAGUGCUGAGGGUGCUGCGUCCUCUUAAGACCAUCAAACGUCUCCCCAAGUUAAAGGCUGUGUUUGACUGUGUGGUCAACUCUCUGAAGAAUGUGCUGAACAUCUUAAUUGUCUACAUGCUCUUCAUGUUCAUCUUCGCUGUGGUGGCCGUGCAGCUCUUCAAAGGUCGCUUCUUCUAUUGCACAGACGAAUCCAAAGAGUUUGAGCGUGACUGCAGGGGCGAGUACUUGGUAUAUGAUAGGGAUGAGGUAAAAGCUCAGAAGCGGGAGUGGAAGAAGUACGAUUUCCACUACGACAACGUGGCUUGGGCCCUGCUCACCCUCUUCACUGUCUCAACUGGAGAGGGGUGGCCGCAGGUGUUAAAGCACUCAGUGGACUCCACCUAUGAGAAUCAGGGCCCGAGCCCAGGUUACAGGAUGGAAAUGUCCAUCUUUUACGUGGUGUACUUCGUUGUCUUCCCCUUCUUCUUCGUAAACAUCUUUGUGGCUCUCAUCAUCAUCACCUUCCAGGAACAGGGGGAUAAGAUGAUGGAGGAUUAUAGCUUAGAAAAGAACGAGAGAGCCUGUAUAGAUUUCGCCAUCAAUGCCAAGCCUCUGACUCGCCACAUGCCGAAGAAUAAACUGAGCUUCCAGUAUCGCAUGUGGCAGUUUGUGGUGUCUCCGCCCUUCGAGUACAGCAUCAUGGCUCUGAUCGCGCUCAACACCAUCGUCCUCAUGAUGAAGUUCCACGGCGCAUCGGACACCUACGAUAACGUCCUGAAGAACCUCAACAUCGUGUUCACCACCUUCUUCUUCAUGGAAUCAGUCCUGAAGAUCAUCGCUUUUGGCCCUCUGAAUUACUUCAGAGACGCCUGGAACAUUUUUGAUUUUGUCUCUGUCCUUGGAAGCAUCACUGACAUAUUAGUGACAGAACUAGGGAAUAACUUCAUCAACCUGAGCUUCCUGAGGCUGUUCAGGGCAGCUCGCCUCAUCAAGCUGCUGAGACAGGGAGAAACCAUUCGUAUCCUGCUGUGGACCUUUGUCCAGUCCUUCAAGGCUCUGCCAUACGUGUGUCUGCUCAUUGCCAUGCUCUUCUUCAUCUAUGCCAUUAUUGGCAUGCAGUUGUUUGGUAACCUGGCACUAGAUGAGGAGGGAGAAAGUGCCAUCAAUGAGCACAAUAACUUCAGAACCUUCAUCAUGGCACUAAUGCUGCUGUUCAGGAGCGCUACUGGAGAAGCGUGGCAUGAGAUCAUGUUGGCUUGCCUGGGUGGUAAGGAAUGCGACCCGGCCUCAGGGAACACAGAACCCGAGUGUGGCAGCACCUUUGCCUACACCUACUUUGUCUCCUUCAUCUUCCUCUGCUCUUUCCUGAUGCUGAAUCUGUUUGUGGCUGUCAUUAUGGACAACUUUGAGUACCUGACCAGAGACUCUUCUAUCCUGGGGCCGCAUCACCUGGACGAAUAUGUAAGGAUAUGGGCCGAGUACGACCCUUCCGCCUGCGGGCGCAUACAUUAUAAGGAUAUGUACAGUUUAUUGCGAGUUAUCUCCCCUCCCCUGGGCCUUGGCAAGAAAUGCCCACAUAGGGUGGCCUGCAAGAGGCUGCUGCGCAUGGAUCUGCCGGUUGCAGAUGACAACACGGUGCAUUUUAACUCCACCCUCAUGGCUCUGAUCAGGACAGCACUGGAUAUAAAGAUUGCCAAGGGUGGUGCAGACAAGCACCAGAUGGAUGCAGAGCUGAGAAAGGAGAUGAUGGCAAUUUGGCCGAACUUAUCGCAGAAGACACUGGACCUGCUGGUUACACCGCACAAGGCAGCCACAGACUUGACGGUGGGCAAAAUCUACGCCGCCAUGAUGAUCAUGGAAUACUACCGGCAGAGCAAGACGAAAAAGCUGCAGGCCCUGCGAGAGGAACAGAACCGAACGCCAUUAAUGUUUCAGCGCAUGGAGGCACCCUCCGAGGGAGGGGGCACGGAUGGCCAGGGGGGCCAGGGCGUGAACGGCCUCCCCAGCACCCAGCCGGACAACAUCAACAGCAUACCUCCCGAGGGUGGUAUGACUGAGAGCCAGUCGUGGGUGACAGCCAAAGCCCAGGAAAUGUUCCAAAAGGCGGAUAACUGGAGCCCCGACAGACCCUACCCCGACGAUCUCCACGACAACCGGCACAACCCCCAGACGGUAGAGAUGAGGGAGAUGGGGCGGGACGGGUACUCCGACACUGAGCCCUAUCACCCAAUGGAUGGGCACGGGCGGACCCUCUCCAUGCCCCGCCUCUCGGCAGACAACCAACGGAGGAGACACAGGCCCCGUGGAAAUAACCUCAGUACCAUCACUGACACCAGUCCGAUGCGCCGCUCCACCUCCAGCCUGGUCCACGGGCGUACGGGCCGGGGCGUGAGGCUGGACGACUACUCUCUAGAGAGGGUGGUGUCUGAGGAGGGGAGACAUGGAGGAGGACGCAGGCACAGGGACAGGAGUCAUCGCGCUUCACAGCGUUCUCUGACCAGAUACACAGACAUCUCCUUGCUAGGGCUGGGCACAGACCUCAGCACCACCACACAGUCAGGGGACCUGCCACCCAAGGAGCGCGAGCGGGACCGCGGCCGGACCAAGGACCGUCGUCACCACCAUCACCACCACCACCACCACAGCUCCAUGGACAAGGAGCGCUAUGGCCCUGACCGUCACGACUACCCUCACAGGCAUCCCCACGACCGCCACUGGUCCCGGUCGCCCAGCGAGGGGCCUGACGGACGAGGUCACAGACAGGGCAGUAGUUCGGUGAGCGGCAGUCCGGUCCCCUCCACCUCGGGGACCAGCACUCCACGGAGAGGUCGUCGACAGCUGCCCCAGACCCCUGCUGUCCCCCGUCCACAUGUCACCUACUCCCCUGCUGUUCGCAAGCCCAGCUAUGGCCCCCCAGGGCCGGGCCGCCUGCGCUCACCCUCCCCCCGACACUUCUCCCCACCAGAUCACGACAGAGGCUACCACCACCGACCCCCGUCACGCCAUGCCUCUCCCCAUCACGGGGGUUCCUCAUCCCGGCACGGUUCGCCGCGCUCCCCUAGGCACCAAUCCCCACGCUCGCCCCUCCACGGCUCACCUAGGUCCCCUCACCAAGGCCGCUGGAGCGGGCCUCCACCUGGGGACAGCCUGGAGGGCGACGGGCCCUUCUAUGAGCAUGAUUAUGAGUACGAGCGGCACCACGAGCCCCCUGCCUAUGAGCAGAGCCUCUCCCACGGCAACCCACACCCACAUGGGGGAAAUCCUCACCCACACCCACGCUCACCUAGGACUGCCCGCCAUGGGCCCCCUCCGCCCCCUCACCCGCAUCCACGUAGGGUGCCCAAUGGCUACCGCUCAUCCUCACCUUCCCCGCAUCGACGGGGACCACCUGGGGCACCCCCCCACCCACACCCACAUCACCGCCCACCCCAUGCCAGAGGGCCCCGCAAGGGCCUGCAUGAACCUUAUAGUGAGACGGAUGAAGAUGACUGGUGCUAGCGACCACAGGGAGCGAGGGAUAAGGGCAGGAGAGGAGAAGAAGAACAGCAGCCUCCGGUGCUCUGGCCUUGGAUAUGUAGACUUUUAAUAAAGCAGUGGUGGUGGAAAUGUUGGAGGGGGGGUUGGACGCCCUCAAAACCCUCUUCCUUCACCCCUCGGACUCUAAACGAGAGGAAGGGGCAGAGGGGAGAGGGUUGAUGGUGCUGCGAUAGCCUUUUACACAUUUUGUGUAAGACUCAAAUCAGUGACAGAGCAGCACACGGAUAAAAUGAAAAAGAGACAGCCAAGAUUACUAGGGCAAGGCCCGGGCACAGUUUACCUCUGCCUCUCUCAGUCUCAGAACUACUCUUCCCAGAAUUCUCUGCUUGACCAGCAAGGCCAGGUUGCAGGAGGAAGAGAGGUACGGAAACAGAAAACAAGGGAGGAGCAUGUCGCUGUAAAAAUGGCCAUUGAUCAUUGCAGUUUACAAGGCCUAAAAGCACUUCUCCCAGACUGACACGUGAUUGGUUAGUUUCGUCAGAUGUGUGCUAUCUGUUGCCGGCCAGUUUGCUAAUGUAAAAGCCUGAAAAUGAGUUGGAACACAGAGUCCACUGCUUUGACUCUGCUCCUCGACAGAUAUGUUUAAAGAAAAAUAAAUAAACAAAAAGCCAGGACCCCCUAACCCUUACAUGCCAAGCUAUGCCUCCAGAAAAUCAAACUUGAACAAUGAAGAACAAAAUGAAACUUUACAUGACAAACAAUGAAAAGAAAAAAAAGGGAGAACAACCACUUUAUCUUUAAUCUUUUUCCUUUCCAAGGGACAGAACCAGGAAGCUCCGCCUAUACUGCAAAAACCAGCCAAACUCAGCGCUGGCUGAUAUUUGAUGAGUUUUAUCAUCUCUGUUUACUGUUAAAGACUCACUUAAUGCUGACGGAACUGGUGUGACAUCACUUCCUGUCUGGCGGUGGUGGUAGUGGAGGGGGGUGGGGCACAGUGUGGGCUCACUUCCUGUUGGAGUGCGCUUUGGGGGGGGCGAGCUCAGUUAACUAGAGAAGGGAGUCGGACACUUCGUAAAGCCCCCUCCUCCUCAGUUACUCAUCUCAGCGCACAGCGAAUGAUGACCUGACAGGAAAUGACAUCACACGGUUGAAUGGGGCGGAGGAGAGGAAAGGAGGGAUGGGGAAAAAGACUAAUUUCUUCAGUAUUUCUUCUAUCGAUUACUUCUCCUUCUUGUUCUUCUUCGGACAUUGGAGCUUGGUUCUUCUGUUGCAUUCGCUCAGCCUCCUUUGAUCUUUUUCGGAGUCCAAAAUUUGAUGGAAACCUGCAUGACUGAUUAAAUACAUACUAGAGAGGAAAUCUAACUGGUGUGGGUGGGACCUGGGGGCUUUAUAGGAAACUUUGCAUUUAGGUUUACAAAAGAAGUUCUCUUCUUUCAGACUCUCUCUCUCUCUCUUACAUCUCAGACGUAAUUUUCGGUUCCGGUUUUGCCAGGAACAGGCUUUGACAGUCGGUUAAUUUGUUUGUCUCAGUUUUCUGCCGAUACAGGUCAAAAGCUAUGUUUCAACAACCUGUUAAAAGACAGGAAAUGCUGCAGGAUCUCAUCAAAGUUUCCUGUUGUUUCUUGAGAAACAAGAGGGAGAAAGAGUGGAGAGUAGCAGACUUCUAUCACACUUGAUUUAUUAUUGUUAAUGAUGAUAGACUUAUGAAUAAUGAUAUCAAUGUCAAUGCAAAAUGACGAUGACAAUGAUGAUGAUACUGAUGAUGAUUGACUGAUUGAUAGAACUGUUGCUGUAGAUUUGUUGUCAUGUUAUUUGGAGUUCAAGUAUGCUAUGUCCAUCUUGUUUACAUCCUUUAUGUUUUUAUUCCCCUGUUUAAUGACGUUUACCGGGUUCCUGAUGCCUUCCUGCAACAUUUCGGGGCAAUGACGGCUUGGGAAACAUUCACUUAGUAGCGUUGCGUGUUGUAACGCAACUCUUAAGAUACACUCUCUCUUCAGAAUGGUGGAGGUGGAGGUCAGGGGAGUCUCAGUACCUGACUUGCAAUGAUUCAUGGGGUCAGUACUCUUGCCAAGCCAACCCAAAGAUCAAGAAUUCAUGUUCAGAGCCGAGGGUAUUUCAGUUUAUUGAGGAAUGUAGGUUAGUUUUGCAAACCUCUGCAAUUUCCACUGCAGAGCUUUUAGACAAGCUUGCUUUACAGAGGAUACAGUUCUACCAAGGUUGAAUUCUUCCACAUGCAGCCAAAAAAACUUCAAAUCUCUUUUCCCUCUGUUUGGCUCUGUAGUUUGUAAUGACAUUGGUUGCCAGCAGUGACAGCACAGUAUUGGUGGUACAGUGUUGGUGUGAGUAUUAGGUGGUGUUGUUCUCUUUUUGCCACCAGGGGGCAGUUAUCAGCACACAUUAUCCGCCCUGCCUUCCCCCUCUACAGGACAGCCUCUGGGCCACAUCCUGGUUUCUAGACCUGGAGUCUAACCUCCUCUUAUACCGUAUUCUUAUAUGAAUGUGAGAUAUACAAAGUCUAGUCCUAGUCAGGAAAUGUAGGACGUAGCCUGGGAGAUGCCAUACCUGUCCGUUUGUCAGCCCGUCCUUCUGUCUGCCUGUCUGUGCCAAUGCUGACCCCCCUCCAACCCCUUCUCUCAGGUCUGGAUAACCAGAGAACAGUCACCAAAUCACCAAUCAAUUCAUGUGAGGUUGUAGGAAAGCUGAAACCUCCUCUGCCAAAACCCACUUCAGUAUCCGCCAACCUCUCUUUCCUCAUCUAUCUUUUUCUUUUUCUGUCCAUUUAACAUCUGUUCUUUCAGCUUGCCAGAGAAUGACACUGAGGACACUAAAGGCAUUACAGGACAGAAACACUUAGAUCUAAUAAUUUAAUCCUUAUUGUUAUGAGGGACAACAAUUAUUGACUAUUCAAUAACUCUAGGACAAGAUGAUAAAAUAUAGAUAAAUAUAGAUGAUAACCUACAGAUAAAUCUAGAUAUAAUACCGUAGAUGUAGUUAUAGAUAACAGACAGAGUAUAAUUAGAGUUUCAGAUAUUUAUUUAUUUUGCAUACCGUUCAUGCUCAUGACACGGUCAGCGAUCUAGCUACUCUUGAAACCUCACACUGUUUUCUUCGCAGUCACAGAAGCCAGAAAACAAACCCCAGUUCACAUGUUUUGACUCUAUGCAGACCUCAUAAGCAUCUUCAUGGUAUUAAUUUGGAGGAGAAACUGCAACGCUGUGGUACUGUAAAACUGAUUAAUGAAACUGGAACACGCAGAUCUGAGAAAAUGUGAAGAUCGACACCAGUUUUGCACACGUCACUUGACAUCACCUCCACAGUGAAACCCCUUUCUUUCAUGGCCCUCUGUCGCUGUCUCUUUCCCCUCCUUCUCCGACUGAUUCCUCUUCCCUCCCCAUAUUUCUCUCCUCUCCCAAAAUAUGUUGCCUCCAGGCCUAGUAGUUGAGUAUAGCAUAGUGAUGAUGAGGAUAGGGGGGCUUGUUUUUGUUGAUUGUCUGUUUGUUUGGCGGGAGUGAAGGGGUGCAAACCUGAAACCCCUCUGCUUUUACCUCCCCUCUUGAGAGGUUACGGCAGGUGGGGAAGCUUCCCCAAAACCCCCUACAGAGCCACAGUGCCUUCUGUAUCAGAGUCACAUUUGUCACCCCCCAAUCUCCUCGCCCUAAGCCGCUCCCGUCCUUCACCUCCUUCCCCUCUGUAGUAGAUGAGAUCACCCACACUACGCCUUAAAAGUUGAGUCCCACCGGCUCCCAUGCUGGCAUAGAAACAGGGAGAGCGGUGAUUUUGAGACUGGGCCAUGGUGAGGAAAUAGCCAAGAGGCUAAAUUUGACAUAGGGAAAUCAGUAUCUCAUCCGGUAUGGGCUUAAUCGUUUAAAAUUCCCAUUCAAACAUACACAGCUUUUUGUAAUGAUUGCCAAAAAUCUAAAUAGAUCCACAGAGAGCCUCGUGGUUUUGAUUUUGAAAACUCAAAUGGUCAUUGUUACUGGAUGCUGCUAGCAAGCUAGCCCUCUUGGCUUCACCUCCCUGUUAGGCGUGGUACAAGGGCGCCAUUUUGUCCCCAUCCUGGAGAUGUCCUGGGUCCAGUUUCAGGUGGUGUAGUGAGAGGUUUACAGAGGUGCAAAGCGGUUUGCUUACUUCUCAGGUCCCUCUAGAGUUAGGUAGCUAGAUAGUUAGACAAUAUAGGGAAGAGUCAGCUACGAAACAAGCAGGCCUCGGAUUGAGUUAUUGUAUGGUUUUACCUGGCAUGUCGUCAGACGUUGUAAUGUUGACCCCCUCUCCCCCCUCUUUCCUUUCACUAACCCACAUUACACACUCUGACACCUCACCUCCCCAUUAACAGCCUGCUGAUGCACCAACACUCGACGCCAAGCAUGUUGACAGACAGGCAGGAAAAACCCACCUCCAUUUUGGCUCCUUGACACCACUCGCUUGUCCAGAAUUGUAACAGCGGAUCCAAAAUGGCUGACACACAACACUGCCCUUGUGUGAAAGCAUGUUGUGUGUGUACUUUUCCAAGAACAAAUCCCAUUCCUUGGAGGGAAAAAAGUGAACAUUAGAUGUUUGUUUUUGUUGUUGUUUCGCUUAUUUCUUUUUGAACAGGGUUGGGGGGGGGUGCAAGGUUUUUGCUCAGUCAUUGCUUCUCUCAACAUCUGCUUUCUGUGUCUUCACCCCCAGCUUCACCCAUCAGUCUUUAUCUCUCACUAAUCUUUUUUUUUCAUCGAUUCUUCGUACUGGGACGAAGGAAAAACUAACAAACACACCAACCCAUCCACUCAGUCGGCUGUGAAAUUGUGUCAGUGGGUCAGUCGUGAGGCAUCGUGUCGACAAUAAUAAGGGCUCUCUUUAAAAAAAAAACUACACAGUGGGUUUUAAUGUACAGUAGUGCUGCCAAAAGUUGUGCUUAUGUAGCUGAAGCCACGCUGUGGUCUCCCCUUUGUACAGCACUAGAUGUGUGCAUGCGUGUGUGUGUAGGGGGGUCAAAAGUGAGGCGGGGAGGGAGGGGCGGGAGGGUCAAAAGACGAUGAGAGAGAGACUUUAAUGAUGUAAGGGUCCUGUUUAGGGUAGAGGGGGGAGUUUUGGGGAGGGAGGGGGGGCAGAGGGCGUAGUGAUGUUAACACACAAUUUCACAAUGGCACUGGACCACUUUUCGGGCUCAUCCUCACGCUCAGAAGCCAUUUUAUCACCGUCACCACGCCCACGCUUGGUCCCACUGUGAGGGGGGCGGGGCUACUGCGACAGGGAGACAUUUACUGUGUGUAUGUGUGUUGGCGUCUAUGAGAGUGUGUACAGGUAUUAUGAGUUGUGUAUGGGUGUGUGUUUUAAGCUGAAAUAGAUUACUUUCAUUAUAUUUUAAUGUGGCAAUUUAUUUUUAGGAUUAAUUAAUUAGUCUUGCCAGUUUUCAUAUGUUUUAUAUCUUUUUAAUUGUUGUUGACUAUGGGUGCAUUUUAUCUUGGACAAAUACAUGUUUUCAACAUGCCAAUAGGAAAAGUUGCUUUAAGGAAAGGGAGAGCAAACUCCAGUAUAGCUGCUCUAGAUUCAAUUAUAAAUCAGUUUUAAACAACUGCACAUAAAAGUGCAUCCUAUUUAGCAAUGAAACUACAGUAUGUUUGCAGCUUAAUGCUUUUAAAUGAUUACUACCCUUUAUAGAUAAAGAAAUAACCAUAAACAUUUUAAUUUCUUAGAGCCCAAACUGACAUCUUCACAUUGCUUGUUUCCAAAAAAUCUUUUAAAAAAACCCAAAGAUUUUCACUUUAUUCUGUUAGUUCAUCAUUAAUCCUUUCAGCACUAUUUGAGUGUGUAUGCGUUUAUGUAUGUAAGAGGAAGAUGUGUGAGUGAGUAGACUUGCAUGUGUUUGUCAUUUUAUUGUGUGUGUGUGUGUGUGUGUGUGUAUGUGUGUGUGUGUGUGUGUGCACAUGUCCUGACACCAUCAGCUACAGUAGGUAACCCUCAGUGCCUUACACUGUACAGGACACAGUGAUUUCUCCAUCUGAGACUAUCACAGUGCACACACACGUAAACCUUUAAUGUCUUCAUCGCCAUUUUCACCCCCCUUCCUCCCUCCCUCACCCACUCCUCACCUUUGCUUAAUUCCAGCCUGGAUGGGUGAGGAUGGUGGUUGAGGGUGGAGGGGGGUCAGUAGAUAAUCAUGUCAUUUGUCUCACCCAUUCUCUCCCUCUCUCCCAUGCCAUCUGUUGUAUGUUCUGGCUCUGUAAUUCUUGUGUAUAUACUCCAUAAAGUUUCUGAAAAACUGAACUUGUUCAUCUGAUGUUAGUUAAUUCUUCUCAUCUCACUGUGUUUCAUUCUUCUUUCCUCUCAGCGUCUUCUCACUUAGUUCAUCUUUCCCUCUUCAUUCUGGUUCCUGUAAUACCAUUCAUAAACACAGGGUGGUGGCAUCGAGCCUUCUCUAUUAUCACUCAUUGUGAAAGGUGUACAGCAUGUCUUUGUGCUGUGUAGGUUGAACAAGUUCAGAUGCUUGCGUGUGUGGGAGUGUUUUGUCUGUGAAGGUCUGUCUGCAGUGUGUGUGUGUGUGUGUGUGUGUGUGCUGCGUGUUUUGGUCUUUUUGAACAUCUAUGGAGCCCAGCAGGUAUUACGACUGAAUUUCUCAUUUAUACCCUGAAACCUUUUCAUUUGUUCACUUGAAUCUGUUUGGGCAAAUUAUCAAAAGAGAAACAUCUUACAUUUAAAGCUGCACUAAUCCAUCAAGAACUCCACAACAAGCUUAAAGACACAAAGCCCUGAUGUACUGUACUCUGAUGUAGCACCACAAAUGCUAUAGAGAUCAUCAAUGGGACUUUGGCACUAAAUGUGAUAAUUUAUUGAUACAUACUUGAUGGAAUGAGUUCAGUAAGUUUUGUACAGCAGUGCAGCUUCUAGUCUGAUAUUAACAUUGUGGGUGCACCUAGCAAACAGUUUUCUUUUGAAGGUACAACUAGUUACUAUAAGGGAGUAAAUUCAUUAUUUAUUUGUAUAUUUCUAUAUAUGAAAUUAUCAAAACUUACCCUCUUGAUACUUGUCGGGCUCCAUACCUCUCUGUGCUCAUUUACAGUAAUCGGAUAUCUGAGAAACAUAGGUGAAUUGUCUCCUGCUGUUGCCAUAGCAACCCUCAAGGCCCCUCUCUCUCCCUUUUUCCAUCUAUCUCUCUUCCUCUCCCUCUCCCUGUUCUCCAUCCCUCUUCAUCACUAAGAACCCAGUGGAGACAAGUUGCUUCCAGAAGAUUUUUCUCAGAGCUUAGCUCUCGCCUCUCUACGUCAGUGUCCCCGGCGCUGUGGGCUGAUCUCUCUCUGCAAAACAUCUCAAGGUGCCACAAGAUUAAGAAAUCUUAUGGAUCUUUUUUAACCCUUUGUAGCUCAGAUUUGAUUAUUCCCUGACCUUCCCUGAAUUUGCACAAGCUAAAACAAACUCUUUAUUGGACAAAGUCUUGGCAACGUCAUCAUUUGAUAGAAGAUUGAAAUGUCAAAAGAAAUUUGAUUCAAAUUGUGGAAAUUUUAGCCAAAGAUUAGGGACAUUUCUGUCUCUGGUGUUGAUACAGGUUUCCUAUUAAAUCCAUUUUUGACUUGUACUUGAAGUCUUGAAAAGCUUCAGGGUAAACUGCUCCAAACAUGCUUAUUGGGAACAUAAAAUCAAACAAAAAAACUAAUGCCAGCUCUCAAAAAAUAGCUACAAAGGGUUAAACAACAUUUCAAAGGAUUCAAACACCAGAGUAAAAGUGUUGUCGUUGCAGAGAUGCAUUGGGGAAACUCUCCGAAGCAACUACCCAAACAUCCAUCUCGUCACCAUGCAAACCAUUAUACACUCGACCCAGUAGAAACCGAACCAGUGCCACAGUAGAAAACCAUACAGGAUUCACUCAGCAAGUUGGGGAAAAAAGAGAAAAAAAUAAACAUACAUGGCAAUUUAAGAUAAAAGAGAAGUAUUUAAUUACAGAUUUGCAUGUGCAAUGUGCAUGCCACUAUGUGGGGUAACAAGUCAACUUCAGGAAUUAAAAAAAUAAAUAUAAAGAAAAAAGUAUAUAUAUGUAAAAAUAUAUAUAGAUAGAUGUUUUUAAGAGCAAUGUGUUUCUUUUUUCUUCUAUUUUUAAAAACAAAAAACGUAAAAAACCUGACCAAAAAAAAAAAACAAACAAAAAUGAAAAAAAAAAAAAAUCAUCCUGACAAAAAAUGGAAAUGACUUUGGUGAUGAAAUCAAAGAAUGUUUGUUUGUUAUAUUUGCCAGUUAUUUCACGGGGGAAAAACCGUGGGGGAGCAAGGAUAGAUAACACUUUAACUAACAUUACAAAAAAAAAGAAAAAAUGAUUUUAAAAAGGGGGAGAAGGAAUACAAAACUUUUCCUUGAUGAAAAACAAUCCCUUUGAGAGUAAAGAGCUGCCUGAACCUGAAUCUGGUGAUGUUAUUCCCGUUUAUUCUGGCUAUGAAAUCCCUUCUUUCUCUCUCCCGCUCUCUUUCUCUCUUUCUCUGACCAUCUCUUUCUCUCCCUCUGUUUCUUUCUCUAUCUAUCUCUGCUGUUUCUACCAGUGCAUUUUGUAAUUUCAAACAGAACUCUUCCUAAAGAACCUGAAUAAACCAGAGAGAAUGCAUUCUA